AUGGAGAAUUUGAUCAGUUUAGUGAACAAAAUACAGAGAGCAUGCACAGCAUUGGGUGAUCAUGGUGAAGCAACUUCAUUGCCUACUCUUUGGGACUCUUUACCCUCCAUUGCUGUUGUUGGUGGUCAGAGUUCAGGGAAAUCUUCGGUUUUGGAAAGCGUUGUUGGCAAAGACUUCUUGCCAAGAGGAUCAGGAAUCGUUACUCGACGUCCACUUGUUUUGCAGCUUCAUAAGAUAGACAACGGCAAAGAAUACGCAGAAUUCCUGCACCUUCCGUCACAAAAGUUUUAUGAUUUCGUUGCUGUGAGAAAAGAGAUUUCAGAUGAGACCGAUCGCGAAACGGGCCAAACCAAACAAAUUUCAAGUGUACCGAUCCAUCUUAGUAUCUAUUCUCCAAAUGUGGUCAACUUGACUUUGGUUGACCUUCCCGGCCUUACAAAAGUCGCAGUUGAUGGUCAGUCUGAAGGGAUUGUGCAAGAUAUUGAGAAUAUGGUCCGCGCUUACAUUCAAAAGCCGAACUGUAUUAUCUUGGUAAUAUCACCUGCUAAUCAAUAUCUUGCUACAUCAGAUGCGAUUAAAAUGUCGCGUGAGGUGGACCCCACAGGUGAAAGAACUAUUGGAGUGUUGACCAAGAUUGACUUGAUGGAUAAGGGUACCGAUGCAGUUGACAUUUUAGAAGGAAAAUCUUAUCGGCUAAAGUUCCCAUGGGUCGGGAUUGUUAACCGUUCACAACAAGAUAUUAAUAAAAGGGUCGAUAUGGCUUCGGCUAGACGUAAAGAAAGAGAAUACUUUUCUACCAGCAGAGAAUACAAGCAUCUGGCUUCAAGAAUGGGUUCUGAAUAUCUUGCAAAAACGCUCUCAAAGCAUUUGGAAGGCGUGAUUAAAUCCCGUAUUCCGGGUAUUCAAUCGUUAAUCAACAAAACUUUAGCGGAUCUCGAAGCGGAAUUGAGUCAUCUUGGAAAGCCUAUAUCUACCGAUGCCGGUGGAAAGUUACUUGUGAUAAUGGAUAUAUGUCGGGCUUUUGAUCAAAUAUACAAAGAACAUCUAGACGGGACGCGAUCCGGAGGAGAUAAAAUAUACCAUGUUUUUGAAAGCCAGCUUCCCUCCGCUCUAAAAAAAUUACAGUUUGACAAGCAAUUAUCGAUGGAGAAUAUCAAGAAACUGAUCACUCAAGCUGACGGAUAUCAACCGCAUCUUAUAGCUCCUGAACAAGGAUAUCGUCACAUUAUUGAAUCUUCAUUGGUUACCAUCAAAGCUCCCGCUGAGGCCUCUGUGAAUGCGGUUGAUAUCAUCUUAAAGGAGCUGGUUCGAAAAGCCAUUAGCGAGACAAUGGAGCUGAAACAGUUCCCGAGUUUAAGAAAAGAAGUGGAACGGGCUGCAAACAAGUCGCUUGAAAGAAUGAAAAACGAAAGUAGAAAGGCCACACUAAUGCUUGUCGAUAUGGAAUGUUGCUAUUUAACCGUUGACUUUUUCCGGACCCUUCCUCAAGAAGUCGAGAAAGGCGGUAACCCAACACAAUCCAUUUUUGACAGAUAUAACGAGACGUACCUUCGACGAAUUGGAACGACAGUACUGCAGUAUGUGAAUAUGGUUCUUUCGGGCCUAGUGAACUCUAUUCCUAAAUCGGUGGUUCACUGUCAAGUGCGCGAAGCUAAACGCAGCUUACUUGAUCAUUUCUUUGCCGAGUUGGGUCGAAAAAAACCAAGUCAGUUAUCGAAGCUGUUGGAUGAAGAUCCCGCGAUCAUGGAGAGGCGUUCGUCGUUGGCUAAAAGAUUAGAGUUAUAUAAAAGUGCACAAAUGGAGAUUAAUGGAGUUUCAUGGUGAUAAAUUGAAUAGGCAAUGAAAACUUGUUAUUUGUGUCUCAAGCUCUUUGGAAUUAUUAAUGUUUGUUAAUUGUAUGAUUUUAGUACACUAAACCAGUUGCGAUUGCGCGAAGUGCAAAGUAAAUUGGUUUUUAUUUA